AUGAAUGAAAUUUAUUUGUUUAUUUUUGUCCUGUUUUUUCAUUUUUCAGAAUUUAAUCAAAUGGCUAUAAUAAAAGACAUGUCAAAAGAACUAAAAAAUAUAUCUGAAUCCCUUCCUACCCAAAAAGAUAUUAAUAACAAAAUUCACAAAAUAGAUAAUGAAGUUUUAGAAAAAUUAAAUGAAGAUAUAAUUAAUGAUGAAAAUUUAGCAAAACAUAAGCCACAUGUUUGCCAAGAACCUCCUUAUGAAAGAGACUAUUCUUAUUUGUGCCCUGAAGGUUGGAUAAAAAAUUCUACAGGGCAGUGUUGGGGGAUAGACUAUGAUGGGCAUUGUGAAUCGCUAAAAUAUUUUCAAGAAUAUUCAGAUGAUGAAAAAUUGGAAUUUGAAUUAAAUUGUUGUGCCUUAUGGCCUAAAUUAAAGAACGUAGCAAAAAAAACUAAUAAAAAGGACAUUUUAAGAGGAUCGAUAAAUUCAAACAAUGGGUUAAUUAUAAAACCAAAAAACAUGUAG